AUGUAUAUUCAACCAACACCUUAUUCAGUUUCAUCGACAUCAGCGAAUACUGCUCAAGGAAUGCAUACACCAUUAUCAACAACGUCAAAUAAUAAUACAAUACGCUUAUCACAAGAACAUCGUGCACGUCUUUAUCAAAUAGUAAAUGAAUUAACUGAUGAUCAAUUACGUUUAUUUCUUACAAAUCAUAUACAAUCUAUAUCAAAUACAACAUUAAAUAGUCAAUUUCAACAUUAUUCACGUACGCAAUUAAUGCAACAAACAUAUAUUCUUAUCGAUAAUUAUUAUUCAGUCGAUCUUGAACAAACACUUUAUGCAAUGAGACAAAAACGUUUUCAAUCUGAUUAUCAACAACAACAACAACAACAACAACAACAACAGCAACAACAAAUAUAUCGACCACCAUCAUCGACACAGCAACAACAGCAAACUUAUGCUACAUCAUAUAAUUCACAACCAUUUUAUUAUACUCAACAAACAAUACCAUAUAGUGUUCCUUCGAAUUAUCGUCUUCCAACACAAUCAAAUGUUUCACCUCAAUUAAGACCAAUACGACCUAGUCCUAAUACCGGUCAACCUACAAAUGUUUAUAAUCAACGUUCUCAAAAUCCUCGUCCUCAACAGCAACAGCAACAACAACAACAACAACAACAACAACAAUCUCCAUAUUUUCCUUCGAUUUUAUCUCGUCAACAAUAUAUUCAACAACCACCAACAUCUACAACAACAACAACAAUAACUAAUGGUUUAUCAUCAUCAUCAUCAGCAGCAGCUAUUUCUCGAUAUCAAGUUCCAAUUUUACCUCCACCACCGUCCAAUAUGACCCGACCAAUUCUUCCGACUUCGUCAUCAAUAUUAAAUAUAACUCAUAAAACUUUACCAUUUUAUUGUCCAUUAACAUGUGUUUAUGAAUGUUAUCAUGUAUUCCGUUACGAUACAUAUCGUAAACAAUAUUUUUCUCGAAAUGAUUUUGUUUUAUCACUUGAUGUGUGUAAUCAAUUAGCAUUAUCAUAUGAUUAUGAUUCUGAUCUUGAUAUUCAUAAAACAACAAAAUGUUUAAUUAUGCGCCUUGUACGUAUUGAUCAACCACCUAUGUCAAAUGGUAAAUAUGAUGAUAAUCUACCACCAAAUAUAGUUAUACAUAUAAAUUCACAAAAUGUAACUAAUUUACCAACACCAAAACCAUGUACAAGACAACAAACUGAUUUAAUUCGUAUUGGACGUGAAAUUGAUAUAACAUCAUAUUGUAUGUUUAAUCCAAUAUUAAAUAAUGAAUUAACAAUGACAUGGUCAUAUCGUCAAGAUAAUACAAAUUUAAAUAUUCAAUAUGUUAAUGCACAAUAUGCAUUACAUAUAUUUCUUGUACAACAUUUAAAUAUUGAAGAUUUAUGUGAACAAAUAAAAAAUAAAUCGGCAAAAUUUUAUCGUGAAGAUUUAGUUAAAUUAUUAGCUAAAGCAAUUGCAACUGAUCGUGAUCUUGGUUUAGAAGUUAGUGAUCAAAAAUUAAAAUUAAAAUGUCCUAUUGAUCAAAGACGAUUAAAAACCCCAAUACGAGCUGUAACUUGUCAACAUUUACAAUGUUUUGAUUUAAAAAAUUAUAUCGCUUUAAAUGAAAAAGCUGGUAAAUGGAUAUGUCCCGUAUGUAAUAAAUCCGCUUUAUUUGAUGAUUUACAAAUUGAUUCAUAUACUGAAUCAAUAUUAAAUUCAAUGGAAAAUGAAAAUGUAACUGAAAUCACAAUUGACAGUAAUUUAAAUUGGGCACCUGUAACAUCAUCAUCUUUAAUUAUUGAACAACAACAACAACAAAUAACAUCAAAUAUUGAUGAUAUUAUAUUAGAUGAUGAUCUAAUUGAUGAAAAACAACAAGAAUUUGAUUCAAAAUUACAUAUUCCAUUAAUAUCAUCAUCAACAAAUGGAUCAACUAAUGUAAUACUUAUAGAUGAUGAUUAA